AUGGCCAUCACCGGAGGAGCUGUGGAGUCUCUGGAGGAAGUUCCAGCUCACGUGUGGAAAAGUUUACCCGACUGCCUGAACCUCGGACCGUCGGCCGUCGAUGGAAACCGAAUCGGUGUGUGGGCCACAGCAGCCAUUCCUAAAGGCAGGAGGUUCGGCCCCUUCGCGGGGGAGAAGAAGAAGCGGUCCCAGGUGACCAGUAACGUGUUCAUGUGGGAGGUGUAUUUUCCAGCGCGGGGGUGGAUGUGCGUUGAUGCCACGGACCCCAUGAAGGGGAACUGGCUGCGAUACGUGAACUGGGCAGGUUCCAGUCAGGAGCAGAACCUGUUUCCACUGGAGAUCAACAGAGCCAUCUACUACAUAGUGUUGAAGCCUAUCGGGCCGGGAGAGGAGCUGCUGGUGUGGUACACGGUGGAAGACAACCCCGAGAUAACAGCUGCACUGGAGGAAGAAAGAGCCAGCAGCCUGAGCAGGAGGAACUCAGCCCGGGCCAAGCGAGCCAGACGAAAGCUGCUGGAGAAAGCCAGACAGGCUGGUUUGGGUGGAUUCAAGAAAACAAGUGGAACCAAACCUACUGUCAAGGAGAUGUGGGAUGGCGAAGCAGGUGUGAAGGAGGAGGAGGAGGAGGGGCCGUCUUCCUUGGGGGCCUCGCAGGAAGCCUAUCCGCUUGAGAGCUCCGACUGUAAAGAUGUGCGGGACAUGUCGGCAGCGUUGAUGGACACGGGAAAUGGAGAAGAGGAAGAGGAGGAUGACGGUAUCGAUACGGAUGAUCCCCACGAAGUUCAAGAGCACACUGCUCCGCAUCCACUCGUAGCUGAUUCCAUGCAAAACAAGCAGUCGAGCCCGUCUCUGACACAUGGCGACGAAAGCCAUAAGGACUUGCAGGUAAAGUCUGAGUGUUCCUCACUCGCAGGACAAGAACCAGACGGUGAUCCUGACCUUGAUUACGACCCCGACGGUGACUUUGAUGGUGAUUCACAGGGAAAGUCAUAUCCCUGUCAGCACUGUGAGCGCCACUUCUCCACCAGACAGGGUCUGGAACGUCAUAUACACAUCCACGCCAUCAGCAACCAGCAAGCACAACUGUUCAAGUGCCGCUACUGCAAUAAAUCCUUUGGCUCACAGGUGGGACGGCGGCGGCACGAGAGAAGGCAUGAAAGUGGGUUUAAGAAAAGGCCCGGCUCCCUGGGUGGAGCCGCCAGCCUCCACAACCCCGCAGUGCAGCCUGAUUCAAGUCCUGACUGCACCAGCCCAACCAGUCACUAUAUAGCCAUAGGGUCCCAGUUUACAGGAGGACCUCUGCAGAACUCCGACAUGCAGAGAAAGGAGUUAGGGUCUCAUGCUGACCGUCCUUUUAUAUUGGAUGAAAAUGGGGAGUCGAAGGAGCUCCAUCCAUGCAAGUACUGUAACAAAGCGUUUGGGACACACACCAACAUGCGCAGGCACCAGCGCAGGAUUCAUGAGCGCCACCUGUUGCCAAAAGGAGUGCGCAGGAAAGGCAUGCUGCUGCAGGAGGCGUCGGCGCAGCAGCCCGGUGAGUCUCCCAGCACCAGCCCGCCGCCCGUCUACAUGCCCAGCGCCGACACGGAAGACGAAGCCGACAGGGAUGACUACGCCAUCGACAUAUCCAAAAACAUCUCUGAGAACCUGAGCUUCUACAUUGAUGGCAAGAUUGUGUCCACGAGCACAGUGAGCGGCUGUGAGGUGAUCGAGGUCGAUUCCAGGUCCGCGGCUCUCUUUAAUCUGGAAACUGUAAUAAUCAGCCCAAAUCAGAGCGGCCAAGCACUGAAGGUGGAGGCUCGAACCAGUGCCGCGAAGCAAAUUUCCAAUGUUGGACAGCCUGCAGCCAAAAGGAGAACAUCCACGCCCCCGCUUGUUCCCAGCCUUAAAAUGGAGACAGAAACAACACCGUCAUCUUCAUCAUCCUCUUCGUCCUCCUCGUCUAACCUGUUAGUGGGAGGACUCUUCCAGCAGCCCGCAGAUUCAUCAGCAUUUCAACGAGAGAAGACUGUUUACCUUUCGCCCAAGCUGAAGCAGCUCCUGCAGACGCAAGACAUGCAGAAGUCCACCAUCACCCUGAUAACAGAAAGCCAUAGACUGGCCUCCCCGCUGUCGGUCACAUCGCUGCCAGGGGUCUCGGGAAAGUUCAAAAGAAGAACUGGCUCUCCCCCGUCGUCGCCACAACUCAGCCCAGUAUGUAAAAUGGAGAGUUGUAAAGCCGAGGGGGCGAGCUCGUACAGCCCCAAGGUGCCAAAGCUUGAAAACCUCAGCAUGUCACCUGCUGAGAGCCUGCUGGACAAAGAAGAAGAGGAGUCGCUGAGCACUUCCGCAAAUUCAUCGCAUGGCCAGGCUUCCUCGAGUAGUGGGGGAAAUGCCUGUAAUCAGCAGCCCUUGGAUCUGUCAAACUCCGUCAGCCGGAGAAGUGACAGCUCCAACAAGGUGCUCGGGGAUUCAGCGCUUGAUUUAAGCUUUCAUCGGAAGACCACAGUUGAGCCUGAAUUAAAGGGAAAUCCAUCGCCGCAGCCGCUAAUUAAAAAGAGGAAGCCCAACACCAGCAUGCUGGAAAAGGUGUUAAUGAAUGAGUAUGUGGGGCUGAGUUUGCCAGGAGAGGAGGGACCUUCCACUUUAGCAAACCUAAGCUGUUUCCAUUCUCGUUCUCCAAAUGUCACGUCAGAGUCUGCUCACCCGUCUCCACCCUCUCUGACCCCGGUCACCAUGAAUCCCUCCUCGCCGGGGACCUGCAGUGUGACGUCCCCAACGCCACCUCCGCCUGUGCUACCUACUAUACCAUCUCCACCCACCAUGCCCAGCUCUCCUCUUUCUCAGCCCUCGGACUCACCAGCACUGAGACCCCUUCCCGUCCUUUCACCCAAAGUGUCUCCAAGAUCUGUCGAACACAAGAUCCCGUCAGACUCUGAGGAUAAUUUCUCAGCCGAAGAAAACAAAGAUGAGGAUAUUCCAGAGGGAAUUGAUUCCCCGAGUCCUUCACUGAAAGAUCCUGAUUAUCAUUCUCCAACACCAAGCCCCCCCUCAUCUGUCCCAGUAGAUGUGCCCACUACAGAAGAUGCUCUGACUACAACUUGCAACAGUUUGCUUAAUGGCAAACAGAUCAAAGAUGAUGUCUCGGUUACAGAUAUGUCUCUGAAGUCCGACUUUGCUGCUCUUUCAUCCCAACCAGAAUCUUCAUCGCCCCCUCCUGCGUCAUGUGAUUUAUCUCUAUCGCUCGCUUCACAGCCUUUCCUUCAUGUUAAAGUGAAGAAAGAACCUCAGCACUGUGAAGACACAUUGUCAGUUAUGAAUCAUGUACCUCAGGAUGGUGUGGACCCCUCACCUCAGCUCGAUACCCCCGAAAAACCAUCUCAUAAAUCCUCGGAGGCAGAAGAAGGCGACUCCACGUACAGCAAGACGUUUGUGUGCAACGUGUGCGACGAGCCGUUCCGCUCCAUCAAAGAGCUCAGCGUUCACAUCACGGUUCACGCCGCAGAUUGGCCCUUCAAGUGUGAAUUCUGUGUCCAGCUGUUCGGCAAUGCACCGGCUCUGCUGACCCACCGGACGACGCUCCACGAAGUGGGUCAGAUCUUUGUGUGUUCUGUUUGUUCCAAAGAGUUUGCCUUUCUCUGUAAUCUCGAGCAGCACCAAAAGGAUCUGCAUCCGAAUGAGACGUGUUCGCAUACUACUGUAGAGAGCGGCAAGCUCAGGCCACAGAAUUACACAGAUCCAUCCAGAGCCAAAGAGGAGGGUGUUCCCUCGACACCAGCGCCGGAGACGGCUGAAGAGCUUACUGCACCCACUGAGUCCCUCGUGAAAAAAGAGGAGCCUAAUGUAAAUGGAAAUCAUGCAGAUGACGUAGGCGAGGACCCCAAUGAGGAGCUUUACACUACAAUAAAGAUCAUGGCUUCAGAAGGAGGGAAGCCCAAAGGCCCAGACGUCCGCCUUGGCAUUAAUCAACACUACCCCAGUUACAAACCGCCUCCGUUUCCGUAUCAUAGCCGUUCCCAUGCUGGCUCUGUGGCCUCGGCGACAAACUUCACCACACACAACAUACCACAAACUUUCAGCACUGCCAUCCGCUGCACCAAGUGCGGCAACAGCUUUGACAACAUGCCUGAACUGCACCAGCACAUAUUGGCCUGUGCCAGUGCCAGCGACAAGAAGCGUUACACUCCCAAGAAAAACCCCAUUCCCCUCAAGCAAAUAGUCAAGAGUCCGAAUGGAGUGGUGUCGCCCACAGCGGCGGCGGCAGCUGGACAGAGUGCUUUCCGUAGAAUGGGUCAGCCAAAGAGACUCAACUUCAACCAGGACCCCGGUAAAACAAAAAUGAGUGCUCUCAGUAAGAAGAAGAACCAGCUGGUCCAGAAGGCUAUUUCACAGAAAAACAAAGCAACCAAUUCUGUCAGAAAGGCCACUGUCAAAGUUGAAGAGGCGGUGCCCUCUAACGUCUGCCCUCACUGCAGCCGCGAGUUUACUUACAACGCUAGUCUGAAUAAACAUAUGCUUGUCAGCUGUCCCAUGAAGCCCGUCGUCAAGAAGGGCAAAAAGGGUCAAACAGAGGAGAAGAAAGAGGGCUCAGAUAAAAACAUGAGUCUGAGGAAGAAGGCUUCAGAUGGAGAAAUGCAGGCAGAGUCAGAGACUAAACCUCUGGGGAAAACCAGAGCUCGCAGUUCUGGAGCAGCAGACUCUGAAUCCGUACCGGCCGGCAAAGGCAAAACCACAGCAGGUCGCCUGAAGAGGCCCGCGUCCUUCCCAGCAUCGGCCUCUGCUCGCAAAAAAGCCAAGAAGGGCCAAGUUCAGUCUCUACCUCCCACCCCGUCGGCCCAGGACACUCCCAGCGACGCUGCCCCGCGGCCAGCCAUGAGGAUGCAGCGGAUGGGGAAAGAGGCGGUACCCAAGAGAUUAGCAGAGGCCAAAUCACCACCACCACCACCUCCUCCUCCUCCACCACCACAGCAACAGAAGAGAGAGGAGCGGUUCUCCCUUCGGACAAGGGAGCGAGUGGGUGGUCCGGUCACCAGGAGUUUACAGAUGGCCAGCACGGUGUCUCCUGCUGAGGUGAAGACUGAGGAACCACCUGUUCAAGUGUCAAAAGACAUCAAGGAGGUGGUGACGAAGUGAGCUCUUCCUGGGAAUACGGUUUUCACCCGGCAGGAAACGCACUGGACUCAUUAAAAAGAAAACUGAGGAUGAGCCUUGUGCUGGUUUUUAUUCGCUCAACACGAGUCAAGUCUGCUUUUUCUCUGCUGCCUUUGCUGGAUUUAAGGAGGGAACUCUCUUUAUCUUCCAUCGAUCUCAAAAA